GCGGCGGGGAGCUGGGCUGUUGCAAUUGCUCCGACUGGACCAGGAGCCGGACGCUGCUCAGCAGCAGGCGACAGACAGCCGAAAGCGCGCGCGGGCGCGUGCGAAAGGUAGAAGGCAUGUCAUAGCAUCUUCCAGGUGAUUUACUUCUGUUCCUUCAAUGCCCUGGUGAAAUGAGAGGUUUUCCCAUCGUCAGCAGUGUCCUGUGCUGUUAUCAUCUCAGAUCAGAAUUAUGAUGCCAUUGGGGGAGGGCCACUGGACUGACACUGGUGGUUCUCGGUUAUCCUGUCCAUUCUUCAGGAGAGAAUUUUAAGUAUGGAUUCUUUCUGAGCUUAAUGACAAGUCUGCAUCUGAAUUUAUCCCUGUGGAAGAAUAAAUACUUCAACAAGCACCUGUAGAGUACAACUGCUGCUCCACGGAAGGGAAGAAGGCUUGAAACAACAGCUGAACUAGCCUUUGUAUGAUCACAUUGAAAUAACGAAAACUGUCAUCACAGCAGGAAUGUACCAGAAAAAUGACAGGAAGAAUUUAGCAGUGAGGGGGAAAAGAGAAUCAUCUGAUGAGUUUCCUUCUCAAGCUGUGUCUCUGGACUUGACAUUCUGCGUAUUUGCUUCUAUGGAGUAAUUCUAUUUGGUAUUUCUGUGAAAUAUCCUGGGAGGUGCUAUCAUGACAACUAGUAGCCGUGCGUGUCCUGUACCAACAGUAAAUGGACAUAUGACUCACUACCCAGCACCACCUUACCCAUUACUCUUUCCUCCUGUUAUUAGUGGACUUUCACUGUCCUCCCUUCGUGGCAUUCAAUGUAACCCACCAACUAGUGGCUGCAGCACCCCAUCACCAGCCACAAUUGAAACUCAGAGCACCAGUUCUGAGGAACUUGUUCCCAGCCCACCUUCCCCACUUCCUCCCCCUCGUGUUUACAAGCCCUGUUUUGUUUGUCAGGACAAAUCUUCUGGAUAUCACUAUGGUGUCAGUGCGUGUGAGGGAUGUAAGGGUUUUUUCCGCAGAAGCAUUCAGAAGAACAUGGUUUAUACAUGUCACCGAGAUAAGAACUGUGUUAUUAAUAAAGUCACUCGGAAUCGCUGCCAGUACUGCAGACUACAGAAGUGCUUUGAAGUGGGAAUGUCCAAAGAAUCUGUCAGAAAUGACAGGAAUAAAAAGAAGAAAGAGCCUUUGAAGCAGGAGCUUAUGGAGAACUAUGAAAUGACAGCCGAGCUGGAUGAUCUCACAGAAAAAAUACGGAAAGCUCACCAGGAAACUUUCCCUUCCCUCUGUCAGCUGGGUAAAUACACUACGAAUUCUAGCGCAGAUCAUAGAGUUCGACUGGAUCUUGGGCUCUGGGACAAAUUCAGUGAACUAGCUACGAAGUGCAUUAUUAAAAUAGUGGAAUUUGCAAAACGGUUGCCUGGUUUUACAAGUUUGACCAUUGCAGAUCAGAUCACACUACUUAAAGCCGCCUGCUUGGACAUCUUGAUCCUUAGAAUUUGCACAAGAUACACCCCAGAACAAGACACUAUGACAUUUUCGGACGGCCUUACACUGAACCGAACGCAGAUGCACAACGCUGGAUUCGGUCCUCUGACUGACCUUGUGUUCACGUUUGCCAAUCAGCUCCUGCCCUUAGAAAUGGAUGACACGGAAACAGGCCUGCUCAGUGCCAUCUGCUUAAUUUGUGGAGAUCGUCAGGACCUUGAAGAACCAGCAAAGGUGGAUGAGCUACAGGAGCCAUUAUUAGAGGCACUCAAAAUAUACAUACGAAAGAGAAGACCCAAUAAGCCUCACAUGUUUCCAAAGAUCUUAAUGAAAAUUACAGAUCUACGCAGUAUCAGUGCAAAAGGUGCUGAACGAGUUAUUACACUGAAAAUGGAAAUCCCUGGAUCAAUGCCUCCUCUUAUCCAAGAAAUGUUGGAGAACUCAGAGGGACAUGAGCCGUUAACACCAAGCUCAACUGGGACCACAGCAGCGCACAGUCCUAGCAUCUCCCCAAGCUCAGUGGAUAACAGCAGUCUCAGUCAAUCCCCACUUGUGCAAUAAGACGUUUCCCAGAUACAUUCCUAACAGUUUGUGUACAGGGAUGACAUGCGAGAAAACCAUUUUUACUGCUGCUUAGUUUCUGGAUUUCUACACAAACACUAAAAUCCGGCAAGGACCAAGAAAUUUUCAUAAGAAUCCAUAUAAUAUAUAUAUGUACACCCGUGCAUACAGACGCCUUGUAGUUGAACUAGAAAAGACAAACUUUGGAAAUACUAAAUCGGCUAUUUCAUGAAAAGUUAAGCUUCAGUUGUUUCUUCUGAACAUCCAGGAUUGCAAGGUGAUAAGAGAGAGCUUUGAAACCAGAGGUUAAAAUUAUGGUCAUACCAUUUCUGAUAACUUUGUACAUACAGCUAUAUGGGCCUGUAUUUUCUAUACUGGAUGUUUGGUGCUUUCCUUUUUCCCUUGUGUAUACAAGAUGUUCAAGACAUCAUGCUUAGAAGAUGGACUGACUUACAUGUCCCGGUACAUAAGCUCUAAAAGAAACAUUCUAAUUUAGUUAGGAUGAAAACUCAUCAUUACUGUGUUUAUGCCCGCUGUUUGUAUUUCUUUCCAGUAAAAAGAUACAAAGAAAUUCACUGCACUAGCAGAAGGAACUUCUGUAUAAGUGUAACUGCCAGAUCAGUUAUUUGGAUGUUAUUUGUUCUACUGUUAAUGUCACUUUAAAUUUUCAAAGGAGUUUGUUACUUGGCUGACUUCUCUGCAUUUAAAAAUAAAUACUAAAUUUUUAUAUCAAUUAUAGCCUUCAAGGCAGAAACACUUUCCAGUGUUACAGGUUUUAUUUGUUGUUUACUUGUUCACAAGCUGUUAGAUAAACUUCAUGGAAUAAUGACCAGGCAUACUCACUACCUCUGAAUUGGUGACACUAGUGAAAAAUACCCUGGAGGUUCUAAGUGCAGUCCCAAAUCUUCCUCUCUGGCACCAAGGGCCUGUCACUAGACUAUCCAAAAGCAGAGGAGAGAAUCUGCCUCUAUUGACUUUGUUAAUCACCAUAAAACAGAGUGAAAAAUGUGGUAGAGUGGUUACUUUUUUUUAAAGUGUCUGUUUCUUAGGUUUCAUUUAAAAGCACUAGUGGAUUUUUUUAUAUAUAUUCUAGCAAGUCUGUGAUGUACUUUCACUGGCUCUGUUUGUACAUUGAGAUUGUUUAACAAUGCUUUCUAUGUUCAUAUACUGUUUACCUUUUUCCAUGAAAUCUCCUGGCAAAAGAAUAAAAUAUAUUUAUUUUAA